UUAUACAAAGUCUAAAAUUUUAGCCAAAUUAGCUUCUUCGUUUCUUCAUAUUUGCCACUGUAUCCCUAGUUUUCUGUCAUUUUCGUCAUUUAUCAAUCAAAUAAAGAUCAACGAAUACCCCAUUUUUGGAUCGUAGGAAAGCCAAAAAAAAAAAAAAAAUGCUAGCAGUUUUUAACAAAUCGGUUGCCAAGAGCCCAGAUGGUCUUACUGUUGCUGAUCAGUCACAAGCAGUAUCAGCUCUCAAAGAUGGUUUCUUAGCUAAUCAUUUUGGCUCAGUUCAUCCUGGUUCAGUCACCAUCAAUCUUGGAUCUUCGGGUGUUAUGGCUUAUUCUCGUGAAAAACAGAACCCCCUUCUCCCCAGACUGUUUGCGGUAGUCGAUGAAAUUUUCUGCAUGUUUCAAGGACAUAUCGAGAACGUUGCUGUGCUUAAGCAACAAUAUGGCUUGAAUAAAACAGCAGACGAGGGGAUUAUCGUUAUUGAAGCUUAUAGAACCCUCAGAGACAGAGGCCCUUACCCUCCAGACCAGGUUGUGAGAGAUAUCCAGGGGAAGUUCAUUUUCAUCCUCUUCGAUAGCUCUUCAAAAUCUACAUUCAUAGCUUCUGAUGCUGAUGGAACUGUACCUUUCUUCUGGGGAACCGAUGUUGAUGGCCAUCUGGUUCUUGCAGAUGAUGAGGAGACCGUGAAAAAGGGCUGUGGGAAAUCUUCUGCUCCAUUCCCAAAAGGGUGCUUCUUCACAUCCUCUGGAGGGUUAAGGAGCUUCGAGCAUCCCCAGAACGAGUUGAAGGCAGUGCCUAGGGUGGAUGGUUCAGGUCAGGCCUGUGGUGCUACGUACUGUGUGGAUACAGAGACGAAGAAGGAAUCAACCGGAAUGAAGAAAGUCGACAGUGCUGCGAACUGGUCGACAAACUACUAAGCCUCAAAACGUUGUUUCUUCCUUUAUCUGCCUUUCUUACUCUUCCAUAGUUCCAUUCACUCCUUAAUUCCGUAUCUCAAAGCAGCUGCAUUUCAUUCAUCAAAACUGAGCUUUUUGACAUUUGGUAAUUUAUACAUUUCAUGGAGUAAUAUUUGUUGUCAUUAAAGGCUGUUUAAUCUCUUUGUUGAAA